UUCAAAAUGUGAUGACCCGUUUGUAUAAAAAAAUGGGAAUAUGUUUUUUUUAACUGCGCUUACUUUUCUGUGCUGGCAACCUUUUAGAGGAAACGGAGAAAACAGCUGUUUGGUUGUUGUUAUUUAUGCGUGUGUAGACAGGCGCGACGCGUUGCUUUACAAAUUGUUCUAGAACGCUUUGUGUUUGGUCAGUUAUUUUUCUUUCUGAUUUUUUAAGCAAAAAUACGUUUAAAAUGUUUGGAUCCAUAAUUUCUGGUCGUUUGCCGCAAACUGACUUCACACCCGUGGAUGAAAAUAAGGUUGUUAUAAAUGUGCCGGAUAUAGAUCAUGUGAACUAUAUUGUGGUAUUUCUGACUGGUUUGACAGCACUUCCAGAGGGAACGGCAGCUGCGGUAUACUUCAGCUGGCCUGAUGCAAAUUCAGCUCCAACAUGGCAGUACUUAGGUCACAUCUCCAACGCUAAGCCAUCAGCGAUCUUCAAAAUAUCACAGCUGAAGAAAAGUCAUGAGCUAGAGGCGGCGGAGCAUGGCAUGAUUUUCGGAGCACAAGAAAUUUCACAUACUGCGCAAAUUGGUAUAUCCGUGGAGCCGGAACUUACGGUUGCUCAGCUGACGCCGGCAGUGCAAAACGCAGAUGAAAAUCUACAAUUUAGCCAAAAAAUGUUGGAAAAUUUUUUCAACUACGCGUCCAGUUUUACAGUAACUCCGCAACAAAUUCCGCCUCUGAGUAGUGAAGCAUUCGUACCUCUGUCCACAUUGCAAAAUUGGUACACAAACUUUCAGCGACGUAUGGCUCAAAACCCAAACUUCUGGAAGUAUUGAUUCGAUUUCAAUUUACGUCCGCUCAAAAAUUUUUUCAAAGCACGCACUUCGGCUAUAUUUUCAAAAUAACGCAGGUAUCGAAAAUACCGAUAAAAAAUCGAGCAUUUAUCUAACAAGGCGGUGCUUGUAUUUGUAAAAUAGAAAAAAUAAUAUUGAAAAGAACCCGCAUGAAAGUUUUACUAUUUAAAUUUUAAAUUUGUAAAUUUAGAUUUUUAUAAGUUUGAAGAGUUUUACAAAUAAAAUGUUAAUUUAAUA